GCCGCCGGGCUGGAACCACCGAGUUAGAGGGGAGCGAGUUUGCCUCAGCCCCAGCCCAGCGCUGCCCCGCAGCCCAUGACUCCGGGGCUCGGGCGCCGCCUUCGCAGCUGCAGCAUCCUUGAGCUUCGCCAAAACAGCNUUGAUGAGAAACCACUCAGCUGCCUCCGCGGCGGGGAGCCAUGAGCUGUCUGGAUGUUAUGUACCAGGUCUACGGUCCCCCGCAGCCUUAUUUCGCAGCCGCCUACACUCCCUACCACCAGAAACUAGCCUACUACUCAAAAAUGCAGGAAGCCCAAGNGUGCUCCAGCCCCAGCAGCAGUGCCAGCGGGAGCUCCUCAUUUUCCAACCCAACCCCAGCCAGUGUCAAAGAAGAGGAGGGCAGCCCAGAGAAAGAGCGCCCGCCCGAAGCUGAGUACAUCAACUCCAGAUGUGUCCUCUUCACCUACUUCCAGGGGGACAUCAGCUCUGUGGUGGACGAACAUUUCAGUAGGGCCCUUAGCCACCCAAGCAGCUACACCCCAAGCUGUACCAGCAGCAAAGCACACAGAAGCUCUGGACCCUGGAGAGCAGAAGGCACCUUCCCGAUGAGCCAGCGCAGCUUCCCCGCCUCCUUCUGGAACAGCGCGUACCAGGCGCCGGUGCCCGCGCCACUAGGCAGUCCUCUAGCCACCGCACACUCGGAGCUGCCCUUUGCCACCGACCCCUACUCUCCCGCCGCCGCCGCCGCGCUGCACGGCCACCUGCACCAGGGCGCGGCCGACUGGCACCACGCGCACCCGCACCACGCGCACCCUCACCAUCCCUACGCGUUGGGCGGCGCCCUGGGAGCACAAGCCUCUGCCUACCCGCGGCCAGCAGUGCACGAGGUCUACGCUCCCCACUUCGACCCGCGCUACGGGCCGCUGCUCAUGCCCGCAGCCACUGGCCGCCCCGGCCGCCUGGCCCCUGCCUCGGCGUCCGCUCCCGGCAGCCCUCCCUGCGAGCUCGCGGCCAAGGGCGAACCGGCGGGCGGCGCAUGGGCUGCGCCCGGGGGACCCUUCGUGAGCCCCACGGGAGAUGUGGCCCAGAGCCUGGGUCUCAGCGUGGACUCAGGCUUGCAAACUCUGGACCAAGGCAAGCAUCUGUAUGGGUUUUAGACAGACCACUCGCUUUCCUGUAAGUUCCGUUGGUGACAGCCAGAGCUGAGGGGGUUUGUCAGGGCUUCUGUCUUAGUUUGCAGCUCCUUGCUGUUUCCUAGGUGGUUCUAAGACCUGAGUCCCAGUAUCUCCUCCUGCUUCUGUCUUCUGACCAGCAGUGAGGGCUCAGCAGCUGCGCCUUCCAGUGGAGAAGCACAGGAAGGCAGAGACUUCGGAUUUCCCCCACCUCUUGGGAAAACCAAAAACCACAUUUACAAAAAUAUUGUCUCAAAUUAAUGACUCUUGGCUAAAACACUGGAAAUGUCUGUGAUGAGUGUGCUUAGCUGGCUGGUGCACUGUUAAGCACUCUCAGAAGGAGAGAAAGGGAAUCACUGUGGAUAUUGUUUAUGCUGAGGUGCAUUUGCAACAAAAACCUUGAUAGAGACAUACAAAGAUGCCAGACUUCUUCCUCAUAGACUCCAGCUCCCACCUUGCCCAUCCCCCUCCCCACAGCACCCACUCCAGACAGAAGACACACUCUUUCCUGUGAACUGUAAGCUCGGAAGCCUCUGUCUGCAUAUGAGUGGCAAGCGGCAGAUAUAGAGCCACCUGCCCAAGUCUUACUGGAAUGCAGCUGUUGGAAGACAGCUGCUUAAAACUCCAGAAAUACAUUGACCAAGGUGGGACUUCGUGGUGUCUGGAAGGACAGUUGUGAUCGCACUGGACAGAUUAUAUAAAAUCACAUAUAUCGCCUCACUUUUACAAGGAUCGAUUUGCCAUGAAAAAAGAAAUUUUGUUUCACCUUCGCUCUCACAAACCCCGCCCUGUCUCUGGUCCUCCACUGAAAAUGCAAAGAGACAAGCCCCUCCCUCCCCAACUGUCUCCAUAGGAGGAGCUAGGAAUCAGAAGGGGAGGAGGAGUCCACGGAGUAGGAAACAAGAAGGAAGACAUUUCUCUCAGUCUCUUCAGUUGUGAUUGCUAACUUUUGUGUUGACAUAAGAAAAGGAUUUACGUGGGGCAGAGCUGGAGAUGAGGAAGAAGUGAACAUUACAG